UCACUAGCAUCUGAAUCAAGCGGAGGCUUGAUCUCACAGGAAACAAUGUAAACAAAUAUCAAAGAAAAAGAAAAGAAUCUACUUAAUUAUGAUAACAUAACAGUCGGCUUUAUGUAAUUUUACUCCAGUAAUGGGAAGCGAUGGGUGACAACAGCUAUAAAUCUGUGUUGCAGGGUUGUCUAGACAACCUGCCCACUCUCAACUCAAGAUUAGUAAGGAUAUUUAUCAGCUCUACAUUCACAGAUACUCGAGAGGAACGUAACGUCUUGUUAGAAGAUGUAUACCCAAAGCUGAAAUCACAUUGCAAGAAGAAAUAUGGAAUGGAUUUUCAAUUGGUGGAUAUGAGAUGGGGUGUUCCGGUUGAGUCAGCAGACGACCAUCAAGCCACUGAACUGUGUCUCCAGGAAAUACGAAAUUGUCAGAGACUGUCAACUGGACCAAAUUUUGUGACAUUUCUAAACCAGAAGCAUGGGUACCGACCUCUACAAGUUUCCAUUCCUGUAACAGAGUUUGAUCAUUUGUACAGCAGUUUACAGGAGAAUGGGCAUGAUACAGAUCUUGUUAACUUGUGGUAUAAGAAGGAUACAAACCAGAUUCCUCCUGUAUAUGUCCUGCAGCCAAUCAGCACCAAUAUUCCAGGUUACAAGGAAAAGGAUAACAAAGAUGCGAAAGCAGAAUGGAAUGAUGUUUAUAACAAGUUGAGAGCUGAGUUCAAGUUUGCUAGUGAUGUAUGCCAUCAGAAAAAGUUACUCUCCGAUGAAGAUAGGCACAAAUAUUAUAUGUCAGUAACAGAAGCUGAAAUCUUUAAUGGAAUAUUAAAGUUGCCAGACAGUGCUGCAGACCACUGCUUGUGUUUUGUAAGGAUCAUUGAAGAUAUCACAUCUCAUCUAGACCAUGACAAAGCUUGGCGCUUCAUCGAUGUACUUACUAGUGACUCCAGAUCUCUAGACAGCGAGGCUCAAACAAUACUUUCAAGACUCAGGGAUGAAAAGAUUGUUGAGAAAUUACAUGAUACUAACAUCAGCAGAAAUACUGUCAAGUGGAGCGAGAAAGACGGCAUCAAUCGGGAAGAUCAUGACAGUUACCUCAGAACAUUUAAAGACUCGUUCUUCAACAGUAUGGUGGAUAAAAUAGACAAGGCAGUAAAAAAGCAGCGCUCACUUAUAAUGGACGAACUUUACAUUGAGGUUCUUCAGCAUUUGAAUAUGGCCAAUGAAAGAUGUUCUAUGUUCCAUGGAAGAGAAGAUAUACUCAUUGACAUCAAGUGCUAUCUGAACCAGCAGAUGGAAGACCCAAUAAUAUUAUAUGGCCAGUCAGGAUGUGGGAAAACCUCCAUUAUGGCACAAACAGCUAAAAUGGUUCCUUCCAUUCUACAAAAUGCAGUUGUUGUGUUAAGAUUUCUUGGUACAUCCCCAGACAGUAGUAACUUGAGACGAUUAUUGCAUAGUCUGUGUGAACAAAUUGCCGUCUGCUAUGACAAAGACAGGACCUCAGUUCCAGAAGAAUUUGAAGAGCUUAAAGACCUUUUCCCUGAGCUUUUGAAACUUGCAUCCAAGGAAAAGCCUCUUGUUAUAAUUCUGGACUCAUUGGACCAGCUAGCAAGAGACCAUAAUGCGUACAAAUUACAUUGGGUACCACGGAAACUACCUCCUUUUGUGAAAUUUUUUAUCUCUACCUACACAGAAGCUUCAGAGUUGAUCACGACUUUGAGAAAUGUUUACUUAAAAACGUCAUUCAUCCACGUUCCAGUAUUUUCGCAGGAACUCAGUGGUCAGGUAUUGAAGGCAUGGCUCAAGAAAAACAAUAGGACUCUCACUGAUAAUCAGUUUUCACUCAUUGAAAAAGCAUUUAUUAAGUGCACUUUACCAUUGUUUGUAAAGCUCACGUAUGAUCAGGUUCUUGUUUGGCGAUCGUAUGCUCCACUGGAUCAGUGUAUAUUGAGUUACACAGUACAGCAGAGUAUAGAAACAUUGUUCUCGCAUUUGGAGAAAAAGCAUGGUACUGUUUUAGUGACGAGAGCAUUGGCGUAUGUCACUGCAUCCAUGACAGGGAUCAGCGAAACGGAGUUAGAAGACCUGUUGUCAUUGGAUGAUGAUGUUCUGACAAAUGUUUUCCAGAUUCAUAUACCUCCAUUACGUCGAAUUCCGCCUUUACUUUGGGUACGAAUUCGGCAUGAUAUAUCACAGUAUCUUGUUGACAAAGAGGUUGAUGAAGUUCGUUCCUUCUUUUGGUACCACCGUCAGUUUUUUGAAACAGCUGAGAAAUGUUAUUUGUCAGAGGAGAAAUUCAAGCAAGAAAUUCAUUCACUGAUGGCUGACUACUACCUCGGUAAGUGGGUGGGAGUGAAGAAACCCUUUCGUUAUACUCCACAGCAAAUGAAACGUGUUGGUGCAACAUCUCCUGAGAGUGAAGCAGAUCGCAAAAUAUCUGCUCAGCCAAUGAUAUACAGCCAGGACACAGAUGAACUGAAUGUCCGAUACAACAAAAGAAAAUUAAACAAGUUGCCAUAUCAUCUGUUUGAAGCUGAUAGACACCAAGAACUCAGAUCGAUAUGUUUGUUAAAUCUGGAGUGGAACCAGACAAAACUUAAGGCAGUAUCUCUACAGGAAUUGCUCUUAGAUUUAGCCAUGUUUGGAGAAAAGGACGGUAUUUUACACAAGGCCAUGAAAGCAUCACAGUCAGUAUUAAAGAAAUUCCCGCAGACGCUUGCGAUGGAAAUAUCAGGUCGUCUGCUGGCUCUGCUUCAAACAAAUGCCAGACCAGAUGAAAUCAAGCUUUUAGAAAAUUCAAUGACAGUAUGUGCCCGGGAAUGUAACCUAGUACCAUACCAACCAUGUUUUGUUAUACCAAGCGAAUCAGAGAUGUAUACCAUAGAGAAUGACAGGAUACCUUUUAAUCCAAACAUAUCAGAGAUAUCAAGUGAUUCAACGCACUUUGCAACCCUUUCUAAAGAAAAUGAUCUGCUGAUUUGGGAUGUGUCCAAUGGGGAACUUGAAGCAAAUAUAAGUUUGAUGGGAAAAGAUGAAGGGACAUUAAAUGUUAUGUCAAAACCAUCUGGAAAAGAUCUUUUGAUCGUAGGAACUACACAUCAAAUGAAGGCCAACACAGUAUACAUUGUAAAUUUCAAAAACUGUGAAUUAGAAAAAAAGCUAGAACUUGACAAAAAGUAUACCAAAAUUGUAUUUUUUGAUGAUUUGAAAUUUGAUAUCACAUCUGACCGUCUGCUAGUUACAGUUUCAAAGCAAUCAACUGAUGUAUUUGAUAGAGAGUCAGGCAAGCUUUUGCACGAGUUUGAUGGAAAUCCGGAUGAAGCAAUCCUUAUUGCUGAUGACCAAAUGGUUCUUCUUCAUCCAAAGCAGACAAAUAUGUACACAAUAUACAAAAUGGACACUUUUGAAUUUGUGUAUCAGAUUUCAUGUAGGGAAACUCCGAAGUCAAUUUUUGUCAAUGAACAAACUAAUCUUGGAUGCAUUGUUGCGGAAAAAAUGAACAAGGUUGAACUGGUGAAUUUGAAACAAGGUUCAGACAUUGGUCAAAUUGUCGGAACAAUUCACAUGAACAAUACGAGAGAUUUAAAGAUCCAGAGAGUUCAAAUGAUAAAGGACCUUUGCUUAAUCACAGGGCUAGAUUGUUUCAUUUUAUGUGAUUUGAAGAUGAAAAAGGUCUUGAAAGAGAUAAGAAUACCACAGACAUAUGAACCUCGGUACCGUGUCCUUGAAUUCAAGGCUGCUCUGACACCAGAUUUAACACAUAUCAUAGCAGGGUACGAUAAGCACAUCCUCUUAUUCAGUGUGGAAACUGGAAAGAUAGUGGACUCUAUUGAAGCCACAAAAAGCCGAAUUAUACAUCUCCACAUUUCACCUUCUGGAGAGCUCCUCAUUACAACAAACAGCCGUAACAAUCGUGUGACAGCCUGGAACAUCAAGUCGCUGAAGAAUAAACCGAGACAUUAUCAACCAUUGUCUAUGAGUAAUUCAGCAAGAUACUUGUGCAUGGAUAAAUACGGCACUACAGCCGUUGUUCGCAGUAUGAAUUCAACAGAGUUUGCUGUAGUUGAUAUAAUAUCAGGUCAAAAGCGGUGCGAAAUUUCAACUGAUUUUGAAGCCAUGACACCAUGCAUCACUGAGGAUGGGAAAUACGCUGUUCUGAGAGAAUAUCAUUCAGACAGCUGUCUGAAAAUCUGGGACACGUUUUCAGGCAAGUUGGUCAGCACAUUACCAAUUUCGAGUCUAAGUCUAAAGGCAUACGUGCUUGGAAUUAAACCAGAAAAUAUGGUGAUCUUGACAGAGUCGGAAAGUGAUGGUCAGCAUGCAUUGACCUUUUAUAAUCUUCCAGCUGGAAAUGAAACAGGAGUUAAAUUACCAUUUGGCAAGUUCAAUAUGUUGCAAGUUUUCUUUGCUGACAAUGACAGGUACCUUAUUGUUGGCAUAGAGGAACAACUUUAUCCGGGUGUGAAAAUCUAUUCAAGGUCAUAUGAUAUUGAAACAGGGAAGGAAAUUCAAACCUACGAUAAAAUGCAUCCAAAACAUAUUCAAAUGAUAACGGCGGAAAGUGACUGCUUUCUUGGCCCUCGCAUUCAUACUGACGGGAAUGGAAAGGAAUCAUGGGAAACUGUGGUACUAAAUAUAGAAACAGGUGAUACCAUGGUAACUUUUACAGAUCUGCCUGUAAGUACACUGCGAGUUGGAUGGGAAGGCCAUUAUGGAAUAGACAGAGACAGAAAUGUCUUUGACAUAAAAAAGGGUAUCAAGUAUUGUCAAUUUGAUUCUCAUUUAGGAGAACAAAAGAAAAGUGUUCCAAGACCGCUACUGACUACAGACGAAAAAUACGCACUUUGGCUUGAUGUUACGACGGGAUUAGUGAAAGUUGGGAGUAUAGAAAAUCAUCAGGUGAUAGGCAUUUCUCCUAUCCACAGUAUCCCAAUGAAUAUGGCAGUGACACAAGACAAAAUUAUUGUCAUAGGUUGUGAAGAUGGCAGAAUCAUGAUGUUGCAAAUGGUGGUAGAUGAUAAAGAAGCAAGCAACAAGUUAACCAGAGUUUUCAAGCGUACACAGAAAAAAGCCGCCAAAGUGAGUGAAGAUUCACUUAAAGCUAUACGAAGGAGCAAUGAUGAUAAAAAACCUGUCAAGACAAAGAAAAAUGAAAAAUCUAGUAAGGCAUGCAAUGUUCUUUAACAAGACAACUUGCACAAGAUUAUCAAUCAAGGAGCGGAUGCAUUUGUCCACUGGUGUGAUGCUGAGCAACAACAUCUUGGGUUGCGAUUUUGAUCCUUCAUUCACCCACAGUCAUUGACUUCAAAGCUAGGUCCGAUGUAUGGUGCUUUACAUCAUACAUGUAAUAGACUACGGCACUGAAGACUCCUUUGACUAUCUUCUUGUCUGACUAAAUGAACCUUUAAUGACAAAAAUUCUUAUGGAUGAGUUGCUAGUGCAGGACAACCAGGGAGACUUUAAACAAACAUUGAUACACACAAAAUUUAUCAACCAUGUAAACAGCAGUUACGGUAACUUGCUUUCAUUUGUCUGUAUCCAAACUUUCAAAUCUGGUGGAAACAUCAUAAACUGUAAUACUGAUAGAAAGUGUUUAUUGAUAUUCUUUUAUUGGAUUUGUGCCAAAACAUAUUAAGAUAUCUGACGUUAUACGUUAUUUUCGUUUAUUGUCCAGGGAAAGAGAAAGAAAGAGAUUUCACUUUAUAAUGCAUUUCAUUUAAUUUUUUAGAUUUAGUUUAAUUUCCAUAUAAUUUGUACAUCUUUUAGUUGUCUGAUAGGGUAGCCAAUGUAUUUAUACUAAUUUUAAUGUAAUUGAAAUUCAGUUUCAUACGGAUUUAUUAAAGGCAUUUUUUAUUUAUGGGUAAUGAUAUAGUUUUUCCUGUUUAGGACGAUGACAUUGUCAUCUUUUUUAAUGCAGAGGUGAUAUAAAUUGCCUCCCUUCAAUUUUAUAUAUUUUGUAUGUUACUAAAAUUAUAGUAUAUUUUAAAUAUUAUUGUUUUCACAUAUUUAUACAUCUUUCCCCUGUCCAUCAUUUUUCAUAAGCCAGUGUUUGUCAAAGUUAUAUCAACAUUUUGUCUUCAUUCUACGAAACUGUGCUAAUAUUUAUUUUAUGUGUGUCGUAUAGUAGGGUUAUUAUAUUUUUUUUUACAGUAGCUCGAUCUGGGAUGUUUUCAGCUCAAGUGGAUUUUUGCCAUAUUGGAUUUCAUGAGGCGCGCAAGCGCAGAGUGUCAUCAACCUUGCAAAAUCCAUGAAAACCAAAAACAAAAUCCCAGAUCUAGCUACUGUUAUAUUGUCACUUUUAUUAUAUACCUCAACCAUUUAGUUUGUUGUUUCAAAUGUGUAUCAAUGUUAAAAUGAAUCUAAGUGAAGUUUUUAUGUGCGCUAUUUAAAGAACUGUGUCAGGUCAUGCAUAUUAAUGAAAGUAGUCUGGCAGCAUACAAUACAAAAGGUACAAUACGGAAUUUAAAAGGUACAAUAUGGAAUUUUUUCUGCAUGUUCAUAUUUAAUUGUGAAAUACAAGCCAGUGUUUUACAGAAUUUAUAUAGGUUUAUAAUAAAUUUAAUCCUGGAAUUUUUUCUUGUUCAGAACUACACUUGCACAUUGAUUAGUACUUAGUUAAUGUUAAAUAUAAUGGAAAUUUCUGACAGCUAAUUUUUAAGUUGUUCACCAUUGAAAUGCAUUUUCAAAAUUACUUUAAUACUCAAUAAAUAUUCCAACUUGUUUACCAUUAAAAUGCAUAUAAUGAAAGAUUCAUCUCUUCUCUUGAACAUCAUAUUUUGUUUUUCACUCCUAUUUGCACGAUUCUUAUACUCAGUGAAAUAAACUUAUUUUCCAACAAAAUUUUUUUAGCUGUCAUGACUGGGCAACCAAUGCUCAACAUUGUUGCAUGGCCCAUUUGUCUUUUUUUAAAUGAUUGUUAUUUAUACCACUGUAUAAUUUAUACUGUAGGUUUCUUUAGAAAUACAUUUCAACUUUUUAUUUUAUCUUGUUUAUUUAUUAGUUUAAUUAUUUAUGAAAAUACUUAAGAUGCAAUUUUACUUGACUGUGAUAAGAUUUAUUGUAAUCAAAUAAAUUUUAAAACAAAAAA